UCAUUUUUACCAUGAGAAAGAAAAUCAAUUUGUACCUUAUAUUAAAAUGGUUAAUAUCCUUGAUAUUUUUAAUUAUGUUGUAUGAAAAUAUAAAUUUUUAUUUUUUAAAUCAUUUUAAUAAUGUAAUAAAUUCAUCUAACUAUUUAAUAAUUGCUGAUCCUCAAAUUUUAGGCAAAGAAUUUAACAAUUGUUUUUUGGACUUUAUAGCAAUAUGGGAUUCUGAUAGAUAUCUUUACUUGGCAUAUUGGUAUGCCUUUACAAAAACCAAACCAAAAUAUGUUAUAUUUUUGGGAGAUUUGAUGGACCAGGGGUCUAAAGCAGACAAUAUUACAUAUAAUAAAUAUGUAGAGAGAUUUCAGAAAAUAUUCCCAUUAUAUGAAAGUCAGGGAAUAUAUGUUGAUGGGGAUAACGAUGUAUUUGAAAUCAAUUAUCUACCUGUAAUUACUAAUGUAGCAAGGUUUCAAAAUAAUUUUCCUUUAAGAGACACAAUUUCAGCAGCUCCGAAUUUUUGCUUUAAAAUAAUCAAUUUUUUAGAUUAUCAAAAUUUAUACUCAAAAUCUCAGGACACAAAUGCAGAAAAAAAUAAUCAAAUAAAUAUAUUUUCAACAAAUAGUACGAAUAUAUUAUUAAGUCAUAUGACGAUAUUGACAAAGGACCCAUUAUUAAUAGAACAAAUUGCUCGCAUAUAUUCCCCCAAUUUGAUACUAUCAGGAGAUCUUCAUACGAGUCGAAUCAUUUAUAGGAGAAUUAAAAAUAGUAAAGUUGAAGGAACGUUCGUUCAAAAUUUUGAAACCUCUAUUUCUAUUAAAUUUUUUCUUUCCAACGAUCAAACAUACAUUUAUGAAAUCUCCGUGCCUUCUAUAAAUUAUCGAAUGGGAUACGAAAAAACGGGAAUAGGAGUUUUAAAUUUACAUUUGAAUGAUUCAAAUAAUCUAGUUGCAACUUAUCGAGUUAUUUGGCUGCCAUAUAGAUUCAGACAAUUAUUAGUUUAUAUGCCACUAUCGCUCCUUAUAAUCUUAUUUUUAUCAAAAUAUAAAUUCACACUCAAAAUAUUUAAAUAAUUACAAUCAAUAAAUAAUAUCAAAACUAUGCAAUUGAAUUAGAAUUAAUUUAAAAAAAUUUAAUUGUUAACGAUACAAAUAUCUCUUAGAUUUUUAUCUUUAUUUUUAGAUUUUUUAUUAUUAAAAUUAUAACAUUCAAUUAUAGACUGAACAUAUUGAUAUUUUAUAUUAUGCAGAAAAUUUUUUAAAAUAUAUUUAAAUAAUCAUGUUAUUUUAGUUUCUCUGUCUCCCUUUUGCAAUAAAUUAU